AACUUUGAAAGGUAAGCUCAACUUAUUCCCUAUCUACAAAACAAGAAAGAAAAAUUCCACAAAGCCCAGAAAGAAUCUUUGCAUCUCUCUCCACAUUCCUUCCUGAUCUCAAAUCUUUCCCGUUCCCGUACAAUUCAUCCUUAUUGCCCCUCUUCUCAAUUCUUCCCCACCUUCAUCCACGCGCCGUGUGAUGCACGCGCCAAUAUCAUGGGUUUGUUUAUCUUUGUUGCCAUUCAUCUUCAAGGUACAAUACUCCGUGCAUUUUUGGAUUGUCUGUAAAAUUGUUGUGAUACACACUUCUAAAAAAUAUCUAAUAGAUAAAAAUAAAUAAUAAUGAUCUUGAUCUUUUAUCAAAAUUAUUAUUUGUCUUGAAAAUAAUUUUUUACUUCAUUCAUUCUAAACAUGUACAAUUGCACAUCCCGAUAAAUCAUAUAAACCAUUUAAUAAACUUAAAAGGCUAAAAACAAAAAAACGGAAAAACCACUCCAACGUAGAUAUUUUCUUCAAAUUUCAACCAAGUCAUCCUAGGAAAGAAAAGACAAAAUAAAAAAUCAAUCAAUACAUUUUUAUCAAGAUAUAGGCAUUGAGAAUUCCAGAGAGGAUCACGGAGGCGCGUAGAACAAACGCACCACCAUGGGAAAAAAAUUAAAUAAAAAACCUGGAGAGAUCUGCUAACACUCACUCUCAAGUAAGACCCCCAAAUCCCGGAAAAAUAAAAAUCAUAAGAAAAAAAAAAAAAAAAGCAGCAGCAACAGUGGCCACAAUAAAAAGCUGAAAAGAAAGAAAAAACAAGAUCCACCUCGAAGCUCUCCUCACACCACCACCAAAUUCCCCUCCCAAAAACGAAUCAAAUCAAACCCCUGUCUCCACCACCAUCACACCCUUGAAGCGUUAAAUUUAACAACAAAAAAACUAUACACCGUUACACCGUUUCCUCCAAUGAGGGAAGACGAUUCGAAUUGGUUUUCGCGAUGGGAAGAGGAACUUCCGUCUCCGGAAGAACUCAUGCCUCUAUCGCAAACCCUAAUUACUCCCGAUCUAGCCAUGGCCUUCGACAUCCGAAACCCUCACACCUCCAACACCGCACAGAAUCAACACCACCACCACCACCAAAACCAACAACCACCGCAACUACAACAACCUUCGAACCCUUCCUCGCUCCCUAACCCGCAACAGCAGCAGCAGCAGCAGCAACAACAACAACAACAACCCACCUCCGCCGAGUUCGCCGACUCCGGUGAGCUCGGCUCCGGCACCGCCGGCGAGGAGCCGGCGCGUACCCUAAAACGGCCCCGCCUCGUGUGGACCCCACAGCUCCACAAGCGCUUCGUCGACGCCGUCGCUCACCUCGGCAUCAAAAACGCCGUUCCCAAGACCAUAAUGCAGCUCAUGAGCGUCGACGGUUUGACCCGCGAAAACGUCGCUAGUCACUUGCAGAAGUACCGUCUUUACCUCAAGCGCAUGCAGGGGAUAUCCUCCGCCGGUCCUGGCGGCGCCUCCGGUGCCGUCGCCGACCCCGCCACCGACCAUUUGUUCGCCAGCUCGCCGGUGCCGGCGCAUUUCUUGCACCCGGCCGCGAGGCCGAAUUCGGAUCAUUUCCUGCCGUUCGUGCCGGCGCUCCACCACCACCAACAGCAGCAGCAGAUGGCGGCCGCGGCGCAGUACCACCGGCAGGUGGGGCAUUUCGGGUCGCCGCCGAACGGGCACUUCGAGAACCCGUUUAUGUCUAGGCCGAAUCUUCAGAGGAUAGGGGGUGGUGGUGGUCCUGUGCACAACAACCACCACCCUGUGAGUGGUUAUGUGGAGGACAUGGAGUCUGCUAAUGCUGCCUCUGGAGGUAGAAAGGUUCUUACUCUGUUUCCAACUGGAGAUGAUUGAUUCAUUGAUUGAAUUUGGGUUUCAUAUGAUGAUGAUGGUAAUAGUAUAGUAUAGUGCUCUUUGGUCUUUUUCUGGUAUGUGUCACUGUCUCCUUGUUGUCUUGUGAAUGUGAAGUUCAUGUUUGGUCAGGGUCUUAGUUGGUAAUUUUGUGUUUAGGGUUAUUGGUAAUUAAUUUGGUGUUGCUAAUUGGUGGUAUUGGAGUCUAGAGUUUUAAGUCUGCAGAUUCAAAAGCUACAGAAGUCAUGAUGGAUAAAGUUCUGGUGGAUUUGGAGUAAUUAAUUAGUUAACUACCUUGUGGUGGUAACGGUCUAUUUGGAUAAACUUCUCUGUCGGCUUCUUGUGACUGACAUUAAUCAUGAUGUCACUUUGGGGGCGGCAAUAGUAAUGUAAUUGUCUGUAAUUCCGGGUGGGAAUCAGUGGUUUCGUGGCGUUGGGGCUUCCUCUAAUUUUCUGGGGAUUGGUCAUGACUGGAUGGAAUCUUGGGGGGUCACAGAUUGGGAGGUUUUGUGUCGGUAUUCAUGGAGGGGGUGGCAAAAGCCGCCAAUUUGGUACUUGUGUCUGCAGGUGGUAAUAACCGUGCGUUACAGUUGGUAGAAACUAAUGGAGGCGUAUCUGAUCGGCGUGUUUGGUUGUGAAUUCUUCGACUAAAUCCGGGAACCUCUACUGCGAUAGACUUGUCGCCUUGUUGUCGAGUUUUUUGUCGUGUGGAGGUGAGUUGUACAUUGUUUGAUUCUAUAGAAGACUUGAAUGCCUGAUGUGAGGCAACCGUUUAAAAUUCUAAUCUUACUCCGGUGUGGGGUCUAUAUGCUAGAUGAACUCAAGUAAACUAGUUUCCAUAAUUUCUAGGUUUACCCUGCUUACAAAAACAAUAAGUUCAUGUUUACUUAAUUGUGUAUUUCUUCUUUGACUACAAUUUUCAGAUUAUAACAUGUACUAUGACUCCUUGGGAAUCUUAUUAUUUGAUGAUUAAUUUGCUCA